UAGAGAGUAUACAGAUUGUUAGCAAAUAUUUAUUAUUUAAAAUCAUUAAUUGCCUUAUCUAUUUUAAUCAAAUUAGGUAAUUCCGUAGGUUUUAUUUAAGGAAAAAUAUAUAAUAAUUUUAAUUUGAUAAAUGAAUGGUCCAUAAUGGACAUACUAUAUAAUAUAACAUUCUCUAGCAAUUUAAUUUUGGACUAACAAAAUUUUCAAUUGAUUUUCAAGCCGCCAUGUAAGCAAAAUUAGCAUUCCAAUUACGUGACAACUUAACAUGAUAAUUUUUUAAUUAGUACAAACUACAUGUUAUAACUUUUUAAAUGUUUCCCUAUUAAUAUAUAGGGGAUUAUGGACGAUACAUGAAAUUAGGAGAGAAAGUAACAAUAAUUUUUCAAAUUAGAUUUUAUAAGAGACUCAUGUGAACCUCUUGCUCCACUUGGCAGCAAUCAAUUAGUCUAAUUAUUGGAGAAAAUUAAUGUUUACCAUUUUCAGGAUACCACUUUUCAUCUUUACCAUCACAAAAGAGGCAUUUUCAAAAAUAUCUUCUUCAUUAGAUGGCAAAAGACUCAUAUACCCUUGUUAUCUAUUUAUAUAUAUGAUAAAUUAUUAUUUAAAUAAUUUAAAAUAAAUAAAUAAAUAAUUUUUUUAAGUUUUCGAAUUAUACUUUUUCAAAUUCGAACUUUUUUUUUCAAAAUUUCUUUUUAAAAAUCGAAAAUUAUGUUUGAAACUAUUUUUAAAAUUUUUUUAUAUUUUUUACGUAUUUAUUUAUAUAUUUAUUAGAAUCAUAAAUUUCACAUUCCAAAAAUGCUACCCCACCCCUCAACUCUAAACCCUAAGUCUAGAUUAGUUAACCCUAGGGUAUAAGUGUCUUUUACCAUUCAUUAAAAGUAAAGGUAAAAUGAUUAGUGUAAACAUGAAAAGUGGUACUAUGAAUGUGGUAUUUGUGACAAUUUUCUCUAAUUAUUUAAUUUUAAUCAAAAAUUCAUUAUUAAUUUACAAUGUAUUAAAAUAAUGAUAUUUUAAGAACCUCAUUUUGAGAACAUAUCCAAUAAUGUUGCUCUGAGUUAUCUCUUCUCUUUUAGCUUCUACUAUUGUUGUAUGUUCACUUCUAAUUUAGACAUUUUUCUCAAACUAUAUGAGACUAAAAUACUUUAUUAGAAACAAUCAUGCUUGAACUUGUAUUUUAAUAGUCAGAAAAACCAACAAUAAAUCUAUACGGGGCUUUUUUAGUUUUGUGUUUUAUAGUUUCACAAAUUGAUUGUAAAAACACGUUAAUAAGAAUUUGCUCUCUUAUUAAUCUUAAGAAAAAUCUCUCAAAACCUUAAGCUCUCUCAAACAAUCUAAAAAUUUUAAAGGAUGCAACAAUUCUGCAACUCCUUAUAUAAGAAUAGAUAAUCUCUCAAUCUCUAUGAACUUAACAUAUUUCUUUAUUUCUUUAUAUCCUUUUCCUUAUCCUUUUCCUAAACCAUAACUCUUAAGGAUUAGGAUAGCUUGGUCUCCGAGCUAUUUCAAGCUUACUCCAACAUGUUUUGUUUUUCCUUCCGGUAUUUUUGUUAAAUUUUAGUUGCAAACUACUAAGCAGAUAUUUAUCAUAUAGAAAAGAAAAAGAAACUGCUAUGCAAUUUCUGGAAGCACCGUAGCCUAGUGGUUAAGGUUUAAAGGCUUCUACAUCCAGGUCUGGGGUUCGAAUCCCAGACUACGUAAUUUCUUGUAAAUUACAGGAAAUCCAGGUUUCAAGUUUCGGAAAGAGCGAUUUAUUAAAACAAUUAUGCAGACUACGGAAGAAAGGCUUACAAGGGAUCUUCAACAUGGUGCAAGUAAAUCUGGUCAGGCGUGGAUCUUCAUAGAACGGCUCAGGUGAUGCAGUUAGGCAUAGGUCUUCAUAAGGCAGGUGGUAUUGUCGGUUGUCGAUUCGUCUGUGUAAUCUUUCUCAUAUCAUAAUUGUAAUAUUAUAAUAAAUCAGCGUUAAAAAAAAAAUUGCUAGGUGGAAUUAUAGAUGGGGCCUCUAUAAUCUAUUUUUAAUACGUUGUUUUAAGAGUCAAAGAAAACACGGUAUGUUUACGUGUGUAUAUAUAUGCCCUCGUGCACCUUAAAACUUACAAACCUGUAAAUCAUUUUGUACAUUUCACCAUUUGUUCUAACACUCUCUCUCUCAAGUCUGAUCUUUCGAAGCAGAUCUUUUAAGUUUGUUACAACUCGUUGAGGUGCUUUUACAAAAGGACAAAUCAAUAAAACAUAUAUUUUUUUCUCCCACCCAAAAGUCAAAAUACAUCAUGAAGUUCUCAAUCUCAGCAAUGAAGCAGGUACAACCAAUCUUAAGCUUCAAGAACAAACUCUCGAUGGUCAACGUCAAUUCUUUCCUCCGUCCCCAAGAAAAAGUCGUCUUCGUGAUGGGAGCCACUGGUUCCGGUAAGUCCCGGCUCGCCAUCGACCUAGCAACUAGGUUUCAGACAGAGAUCAUAAACUCCGACAAGAUCCAAGUUUACAAGGGCCUCGACGUCCUUACAAAUAAAGUAACACCUCAAGAAUGCCGAGGCGUGCCUCACCACUUGCUCGGAGUGUUUGACUCCGAAGCUGGCAACCUAACGGCCACCGACUUCUGCCGCCUUGCGUCACAAGAAAUCUCAACACUCUCGGCUAACAACAAGCUUCCUAUCGUAGCCGGUGGAUCAAACUCAUACAUCGAAGCACUUGCGAAUCAUUCGUCUGGAUUCUUGUUAAACAAGUACCAAUGCUGUUUUAUUUGGGUCGACGUUUCCUUACCGGUUCUUAACUCAUUCGUCUCAAAACGUGUCGAUCGCAUGAUGGAAGCAGGAUUACUCGAGGAAGUAAGAGAAGUACACGAUCCGAAAGCUGAUUAUUCUGUCGGGAUACGACGAGCUAUCGGUGUCCCCGAGCUUCACGAGUACUUAUGCUACGAAUCUCUAGUGGACCGUGGUACACAGAGAAAGAUGCUUGACGCAGCGGUUAAAAAGAUUAAAGAGAACACAGAGAUUCUAGCUUGUCGACAGUUACUUAAAAUUCAACGUCUGAGCAAGAAGUGGAAGUUGUCUAUGCACCGCGUGGACGCAACGGAAGUGUUCUUGAAACGUACCGAGGAAGAAGCAGACGAGGCUUGGGAGAAUCUAGUAGCGAGACAGACCAAGAGAAUAGUUGAUAAGUUCUGCGAUAACCAAGUGAUGAAAAAUGAUGAUGUUGAGCACUGUUUGACCUCCAUUGGAGCGGCGUCUUACGGCGGAGGAAGUGGAAGUAGGGCUCACAAUAUGGUAUGAGAAGGUUUUGUCUUUUGGUCGUGUGAUGGUUUUUGGAGUGUAAAAGUGAGAUUUUCGUAUGUGUGUGUGGUGGUGAUUCGCCGGAGGUUUUUUGCAACGUACAGGUGUGUGACAUAUAGUACCUCGGGAACCAAAUAACGAAAAGCUGUUUUUUUUUCUUCUGUUUUUAAUGUUUGUAUAGUUGAUAUUCGCUUAUAUUAAUUGUUUGAUACCCCUAUUUGACUACGAGCUCACGAUAACCGAAAGUUAUCAUUCCUUGUGCCACGAUAUCAAACUUAUGUGUAUCGUUUAAUAUAAAAGCAAUAUUUUAAUUUGCUUUUUGCUGUUUUUGGUAUCUCUUGGCCUUACAUUUACGCAUUCAUGUAAUUGGUUGAAGCUAAGAAAACGUUUUUUGGAUUUUACAGUUAGUAUAUAUGCCACUAUUAUGAAGCCUUAUUGAGGAAAGGUAAACAACAAAGCUAUAAGCAUUGAAGCAAAAAAAAAAAAGCUAUAAGCAUAUAUAUUAUGACCUUCCUCGAUUAUAAUUUGUAUCCUUUUGUGACGUUUUAGAAGUAUCGUCAAUAUUAAGAUCAAACAUAUCUCAGUGGUUCUAAACAUCUUUGAAGAAUUUUUUUUUGGGUAAUCUCUUUGAAGAAUUUUGUAAACGCAAAUGCAAAACAAAGAUAAGAAAACAAGUUUAGAUCAAUAAUUCUAGCAUAGUAUACAAACCAUGUUAAUAUUACAAAUAUGAAUCCUAAUUGUGUGUUAAUGGUUCUGACAAUAGUAACCCUAAAUGUAAUAUAAUGGGACCAUGUGUAUUGUGAUGUUACAAAAUGAUUAAUUCCGUAAUGGGAUCAAACAUAUCUCAGUGGUUCUGAAUUGAAAUCAGCUCUGAUAAGUUUUCGAAUGGUCCAAACUAAGACCACCUCUAUUAGAAAUUUCUCACAUGAAUGUUUAACAAUUUUAAAAAAGAAGAGAAUAAUGAAAAGGGAAGAGAAAGAGUGAACAUAGUUUUCAAAAUGAGAACUCUUGAGAAACUCAUUAGAUACACACAAGACAAUUGCCUUUCUAUGAACAGUAAAAAUAAUUUAAUUUAACUGAAACGUAAUUGUACUACAAAUUUAUACUAAGAAUAUUUUAGAUUUUAGAUUUUUUUUUCCGAACUACACACUAUAAACUUAGGUUUGAUCUGUUUUAGAAAAUUUCUAAAGUUCUAAUAAAUUCAGUUCUUUGAUCUAGUUCGUUUUUGAAGGGAAACAAAUGUUUUCCAUGAUAGAUGUAGGAGUGUAAUUUCAGCUAAAAACUCAUCCAUUAACUUCAUUAAAAUAUAUAAUAUAAAUGAAUAAUAUCUUGGUAAAUUUAAUACUCUUUCUGUUUCAUAAAUGUAUCAUUUUAGUUUUUAUUUAAAUAGUGUCAUUCUAUAAUUUUAAUGUAACUUUGUUCAUCAAAUUUACAUUUUAUCUUUUUAAAUAACCAAUAGAUUUUUAUUUAAAUGAUUUCCAUUUAAUUAAUUAUACAUUAAAUAAAAAUAUAUUAGUUUAUUACAUAAUUUUCUUAAUCUUUGUGAAAAAUGUCAAAGUGACAGAAACAUCUUGCUAAUUUUGAGUUGAGAAGGCCUCGCAUCCUAUCCAAAUCACUCUUUGACAUUAGAACUUGAAAGUUACAUACUCAUAUAUUAUGUGAAUCAACCUGAUUUUGAGAUGUCUAUUUAACCUAACACGCGUGUAGCUACAAACUUUGAGACAGUUAAGACUUAAGAGUAAAUGAAAUUCUUGAACGAUUAUAGUAUAAAAGUGACAAGAGGGAUCUUUAAGUUGGGAAAGGGAAGAUUCGAAGAAAGAAUAAGGAAAUAAAAGAGAAAUGGUAUGAGGGCGCGUGGCUUGUAAGUGAGUUAAGGAGUCUGUAUCAGCGAGUUGGAGAAAAUCGCACGCGCAGUUAGUUUAAGAUCUUCCGUACACAAGAGCAAAAGCGUGUGGAGAAGGUUGCAUCAAUCAUAAAUGACGUUCGUACAGUUGUGAAUGAGAGGUAUCCAUUAACUAUAUAUACUAUAAAUUCAGUAUUAUUAUUUGGUUUCUUAUUAUUCAUGGACCCAUGUAUUAAAUUUGAUUGUACAGACGUCAAGUCAUAAGGCAUCUUUGGAGAAGGAAGGAGGUGAUGAACUGAAAGUAGCACUAAACAAAUGUCACAAGGAGGCAGCAUCUGAUGUCUUUCUUUUCCUUUUUCCCUUUGGUUUAUAAUUUUUGUUUUUUUUUUCUUUUGUCAACAACAUUAGAAAUUUAUAUUGACCUGUAAACUAAAUUAGGAGAUGUUGAUCCAUAUGAACGACGAAAGACGGUUGUAUCCUGACACUGCGUGCUAGUUUAUCCGCCUUCGUAUUUUGCAUUCUUGGCACAUGAAUAAUCUCUGAUCGUAUGAAACUCUCUUUCAGAUUCUUAAUAUCUUCCAAAUAACUUGCAAAAGCUGGUCAUUCUUCUGGUUCCGAAACCAUAUUCACCAAUUGAGAAUAAUCCGUUGCAAACGUAACCUGAAAUUAUCGUAAGUUUCUCAUACAUUUCAUAGCCCAUUGUAGCGCCUCCAUCUCUGCAUGCAAGGGAGUUAGAGUAGCACGUACAUUCCUUGCUCCCAACAGUCCCUCAAAUCCUUCUAAAGUACUGAACCAACCCUGACCAGAGAAAAUAUCACCCUCUUUCCAUGAUCCAUCUGUAAAACACCAUCGACCGGGAAUUGACGGAAGAGACGUAACUUGUACAUGUGUUCCCAUUUUCUGUUCAUUCAAAACGUGUGCCUCUGCCCAGAGUGUAGAUUCCAUUUCUGCCAACUUAAAAGUAUCCUUAGGAUCCAUAUCCAAAUUACUAAAAACUUUAUUAUUUCUUCCUUUCCAAAUAUACCAUAGUAUCCAAACAAACUGAUGAUCCUCCAUCUGUGGGACAACCCGCCAAAAAAGAUGAUUCAUAUUCAUAAAAAGAGAACUCGUUGGGAAAAUGGCUGGAUUUGUUGGGAUCUUUGAAAGAGCCCAAACCUGAAGUGCUGGAGGACAUUCAAAAAAUACAUGAUUAAUCGACUCCUCAUCCGCUCCACAUCUUGCACCACAUAUCUCACCUUGCAUCCCUCGCGCCUUCAGAUUCUUCUUAACUGCCACACACCCUGAAACCAAUUGCCAAAGAAAAUGUUUUAUUUUUGGUGGACACCGAAUUUUCCAACAAAAUGCCUUCAAAACAUCAACUGUUGGUCCCAUCAAUAAUGAUGGUCGUUCCCUAUCCGGAUAGAUCCGCUCCACUUGGUAUCCUGAUUUGACCGUAAAUUUUUCAUUGUUUGUGAAAUGCCAUCCUUCUCUAUCGACCAUCUGAUUUCUGCUUAGUGGUAUACUUUCUAUAAUUUUCACAUCCUGAGGGUCUAUCAAAUCCCAUAGGGCUUGCGAAUUCUAUCUUCGCGAAGUGGGAUCAAUAAGUGACUUCACUGUGAGAUCGGGAUACAAAUUAUAAUUUUUGUUUCUUUAUUUGAGAAAAAUGGUUUUGGUUUAAAAAUAUUCGUAUCCAUAAUUGGAAGUAAGAAAAUAAUAUAUAGAAAGUUUAAAGACCGGACUGUUUAUUGUAAUCUGAAUCUGAAUUAAGAAAUCAUGAUAAGCCUACAUUUUAUAUGAUAUCAAAAUCACUCAAGAUGACUCAAUUGAUAUUUCUUACAAUUGCUACACUUCAGAUGUUUAUGCCUAAGAGUGAAGGGUAAAUAAAAAAUAUAUAUACAUCGUUAAUUUGAUAAAUAAUAAAAUAAUAUGGAAAUGGUAAAAAAAUAUUGACAAUAAGUUUAAGUUAAAAAUCUAUAAUAAACUCAAAUUUAGUAAGGUGAAUAAUUUGAGAGGAGCUUUAAGCACUAAUUAAAAAUAAUAUUAGAAGGAUUCUCAUUCGCAUUAGUGACUUGACUAUAGUCGGCUAUCAGUAAUUAAAUCAGAAAGUAUUACGGGACAGUAUUAAUUCUGAUAAGAUUGAUAAAAAUGGUUUCUAGCUAUAAACACUGAUACUAAUAAACAAUAAGAAAAAUAAGGAUGGUAGUGUUAUGACUAUACGAUGAUGGCUCCAUGUUGCCACAAUAAGAAAAACGAGACAGGAAUUGUUAUGUGGAUUAAAACAUGAACAAAUGACAAACUAAUGGUUGAAAUCGAGCCUUGCAAAUACCGAAAGCUGUUCUUUAUUUAUUCCCUUCUCUUCUUGUCCGAUAUACCUCUCAAAUCUCAAUAGACUAUAUAUAUAUACUUAUCGUAUUGUAACACAAAUAGAAAUGUGCUAUUAUAUUUUGGAGAAAAUGACGAAUCUUUCCCUAAAAGCGUUUAUAAGGAUGAUAAAAAAUAAACACUAAUACUACUAAUAAACAAUAAGAAAAAUAAGGAUGAUAGUGUUAUGACUAUACGAUGAUGGCUCCAUGUUGCCACUAUAAGAAAAACGAGACAGGAAUUGUUAUGUGGAUUAAAACAUGAACAAUGACAAACUAAUGGUUGAAAUCGAGCCUUGCAAAUACCGAAAGCUGUUCUUUAUUUAUUCCCUUCUCUUCUUGUCCGAUAUACCUCUCAAUAGACUAUAUAUAUAUAUAUAUACUUAUCGUAUUGUAACACAAAUAGAAAUGUGCUAUUAUAUUUUGGAGAAAAUGACGAAUCUUUCCCAAAAAGCGUUUAUAAAAAAUAAACAGUCUUUUUGUGGUGCGCUAGGUAUUAAUUUUCAGAUUUUAGUGGUCUAACUUGAAUGAGUUACUCUUUUAUUCCUUCCUUAUAAUCUUUUUCAUAAUCGUAUUGCAUUCUACAUAUUCCUUAUCGGACCAUGCUUUUUAUUUGUUUUUUUUUAAUUUUUUGUCGGACCAUGCGUUAGUUAUCUUUAAAUUCUUUCCACUAUUUUCAAUGUGGUUUGUUGUUCCAAACCAACUUAUUUUAUUACAAGAGUAAGAAUCUGCAACAAAAUUUUCAUUUUGAUAUAUAUCGUUCGUAUUUACUAAACCUAGAGGUUAAGUGGGUAUAUGACUUAUUAUAUAAAUUGAUUUUUAUUCACUAUAAUAUUAUUUUAUAUAACUAAAUAACACUAGAUAGUUUAUAUCACUGAGUAAUAUAUUAAAAAAUUUAAGAAAUUUGAUAGUGAACAUAUAAAACAACAUUAUGAGUAAAUAAAAAUCAUAAACCUAAAAGAAACUAAUAUGAAAUUAUUGGAAUAUGAAUAUAUGACCCAACGUUCGCAGCUAUCUGGAAUCUAACAGUUGCAGAAUUGUAGGCCUUCGAUUUUGUAUGUCUUUGUCUCUUUUAGAUGUGCCUUUUUCUUUUUAAAGCCCAUUUUGUGCUUUUAUGAGUCUGGUUAUUAAUUAUUAUUAUUAGCUUUUCCAUACGUGCAAGAAGAAUUUAAAAGGUCAACAUCAAUUUUUGCAAAUGGAGCUUAUUAUCAAUUUGGAAAUUUCAGUUCUAUGCAAGAAAAAUACAAAAAGUAGAGAUAAUAAUUAUUUCAAAAACAAUUUAUACCAAAGAAUGAAAUAUUCCAUGUAACGUUGUAAUCUUUCUCCUUUUGUGGGAGCCUUGGAGACACUGUUACGUCCUUAUGCAUGUGUGUAUUCCGUGGGCAUCUAAUUCUUAUCAUAAUUUUACGAGUACAUGUUACCUUUUUUUGUUUAUCAUGCAUGUCACAGUCCUAUGUAUUUUUUUUAAUAUUCACAUUAAUCAUUAAAUCGACCCCAAGGGCGUCGGAACAGUUCUAUGUAUUCUAACGCGUUCAAAAUAAUUUUCAAAGUUAGCAUAAACAGCCUCAAGAAUAACCUGGUAUAUCAAGUCAGUAUUAAUUUUCAAAAAAAAAAAAAAGUCAGUAUUUCGAAAAUACUAUUUCCUUAAGUUUACUAAAUAUAAUAUUCUCACACUCGGUAAAACUAUACGAACCGAAGUACCGUAGUGUUACACGAAAAAAAGAAGAAGAAGCUAAAUUCAAGAUACAAGAUGAAACUUCAAUUAAUAAAUAAGUCAUCCAAGAUGAAGAUCCUUAAUAUAUUUAGUUAAAUGCACAAAUAAUCUGAACUAGGUUAAAAUCUGUGCUAUAUGCGGAAUAAAAUUAUGUAUACAAAUAAUUUUUACAUAUUAAAUAUUUUUAUGUUCAUUUAUGUAGAAUUGACAUAAUUAAAUUACAGUAAUCAAAUAAAUCAAAAUAAUACUUCUUGUUUAUUGACAAAUUUUUUUUGAUAAGUAAAACAAAACAAUUAUAUUAUUUAUUUUAUAUAGUAUAUAAUAAAAUUUCAAUGACGUUGAGAUAGAUAUAUAGUAUCUUCUAAUAUAAAUAUUUAUUAUUGAGACUUUCUACUCAUAUGAUUUUAUUAACAUUUGUAUAUUUGAUGUAACAAAAAAAUUUAAACAUUAAUCAAAAAAAAUUUUAAUGUGAGAUUUUAUCAAUGCAAAUUUCAAAAUAAAAAUAUUAAUGUCUCAAUACAUUUUUAAUGAAAAUUUCAAAAUUAACAUAUUUGUGUAUUUUAUAUUGUAUAUAGUUUGAUUUAAAAUAUAUUUAAAUAGACAUAUAUAUAUUUAUUUAUUUAUUUAACAUAAGUAUCUAUUAAAUGAGAUUUCAUAUUCAUACAAUUUUAUAAUCAUUGGCAUUUUGUUAUGACAAAAAAGGUUAAGCGAUUGAUCACAAAAUUUUCACUGUGGGACUUUAAACAUUUUUAGUAAUUUAUAAUCGUUUAAAACAAUUCAAAAUAUAACAUAUAA